AUUCAAUAUUCAAUCUAUUAUUCCCAAGCUCAACAACCUACAGCCUUAACAAAGACUACAUACACCAUAGAGAAACCCCCUAUUGAUUCCAAAUAACGAACAUUGAAUUUAUUGAUCCCAAUGCCCGUGUUAUUAACAUGAUUCACCGAUUUCUCUGCGAUUAUUCAUUUAUCUGUUUGUCAAUCGCCCACGCGUUUCUUUAUUAAUAUCCAACAACGUACGCAUUCGAUUCGGCUAGAACCUCGUAUAUCCAAGACUUCGAUCGAUAGAUACUUUUAACUACGGAACGACAACAAAGGUUACGAUGCCUUCAGCGAAUCAUUUAGAUCACGAAGUGCCCCAGGUAAACGCCUUUAAGGCGCUCCUGAGGGACGCUCUAGUUCAUGCGCAAUCAGUGAAGCCGGUUACGACGAUCGAGCCUCCACUGACUAAGGCUGACUUUGAAGAUUUACUCGUCCAACUUCCCUCGAUAUUUCCGUGUGCUUCCCCUGAUUAUAUUUCCGAGAACCUACAGUCCGAGAAAGCUCGUCAAUAUGCCGUUGUCGAAACCGCCGCGCGAAAUGUGUUUAGCAGCUUGGUUGCUGGGACAUCGAUCGAUUCCCCCGAGUUUGUUCAAAUCUGGAACCUCUUCGACUUCCUAUCGGUCCUGUCCGAUAGCGAGCAAUGCGAUGCUGCCCUCCUUUUCUGGCUUGUAGAAGAGCUACUCGACAGCCAAACGACCGAAGGAUGUCGGAAGAUAUUCGACUUCCUUGAGUCCCGAAGAGAGCAAAUAAUUGCACGACACUUAAACUCCAAGAAGCUGGUGAUUCUAAGGUCUUGCAAUGAUCUUCUACGUCGACUUUCGCGCGCCGAAGACACGGCGUUUUGUGGUCGAGUCUUCAUCUUUAUGUUCCAAUGCUUUCCUUUGGGCGAUAGGAGCUCGGUGAAUUUGCGUGGAGAAUAUCAUGUGGAGAACGUCACAAGUUUCGAAGAGACCCCAGCUGAGCCAGACGACUCGGCGGAUAAAAUGGUCGUAGAUACGGACGCCGACACUCCCAAAGAUGGAAAAGAGGAGAGCAAAUCAACGGCCAAGGCAGUCUCGUUCGACUCUAAGAACAAACCGAUGUCCGAUAAACCCCUCGAUACGAAUGCUCUCUAUCCUGUAUUUUGGUCCCUUCAGCACUACUUCAGCCAGCCCACAGCCCUCUUCGAUCCUGCGAACUUGGCGAAGUUUAAGGCUGGUUUGGAGGCCACCAUGGCUGCAUUUGAUACAGUCGCAAAGCUUCAGAGAAGCACAAAGAGCUCCGACGAGAGCAAAACAACAUCCCUGAAAAGAAAACAUGGAGAAAUAGAUGACGACCUUCGCAGCAGUACAAAUAAUCCUAAGUACCUUACGAGCAGGGAGCUUUUUGAAUUAGAGAUGAGCGAUCUAUAUUUCAGGCGUCAUAUUCUUAUACAAGGCUAUAUUGUCUUGGAAUUUCUUUUAUCACUCACCCCUCAAGCUAGAGCAAAGCUUGCGAAGAUAAAAGUUCAGAACAGGUCAGUGAUAUACGGUGAUAAAAAGUUGGGAGAAGAAGAUGCAAAAUGGGUGACGGCCAUGAAGGAUAGGAUAAUCCUCUAUAUGCAAGCCGAUAGUGAUGGCUACUUCUUCCAUCGUGUGAUUGAGAGCGUGAUCUCAAGAGACAAAAAUUGGGUUCGCUGGAAAGUCGAAAGUUGCCCACCUAUAAAGCGAGAUCCUCUUUCCGCUGCUGAUUUUGCGGAGGGAAAAGCUAGCGCGAAGCGCAUCGCAACUAACAAGAGGCUGCGCCCUGUACCCAUGGGAUCGCUCUCCCUAGAUUUCUUAAAGGAAGAGGAUAGCGAGACGGCAAUGGAGAAAUUAAAGGAUCCAGCAAAAUGGAAACUUCCUGAUCUAAGCGUCUUUAAAGAGAAGAUAGCUGCGGAUGACCUCGACCUGGAUUUUGCAAAUAGCGAGAAGGAGAAGUACGAGAUACUCGAGGCAAAAGCUAGCAAGACUUGGAGAGCCCUCAGAAUUGCUCGAAAAUCAAAACUUUCCGUCUUGGAUAAGAUCGAGGAUUGGCAAAAGGUCGACGUCAUAUUUCAAGAGCAGUCAGAGUCAGAAAAAGCUGAAGGAGAAACAGCUAGCAGCGACAAAAUGCCGGAAGAUAGACGAACAAUUAUUUUGACAGGACCGGGCAAAGUCGGUAAAUCGACAUUAUUCUCGAUGCUCCUGGAGAAGAAUGAAGGUGUAUUCGGAAGAGUCGUCCCGCAUACUACCCGGGCUCCCAAGGACGGAGAAGUCCAAGGACAAGAUUACCAAUUCGUAGAUGCUAAGGAGUUCAACACUAUAUUGGACGGAGAUUACUUUAUCGAGUUCGUUGAUCGAGAUGGAGUCCAGUACGGAACGCAUCGGAAAGCCGCCGAAGCCUUAGAGGAAUCUGGAAAAGUCCCUGUCAUCCUUUUAGACCUCGAGCGUGCUCAAAUGGCCAAAGAAAAUGGUUACUCUGCUCGGAUCAUCUUCAUCGCGCCGCCCAGCAUCGAGGAACUAGAGGCACGGCUGAAGAAGGCUGGCGUAGCAGAAGAGGACAUACAAGGCAUGCUCAAGACGGCCCAGGAGGAUAUCGAGCAUUCCAAAUCUGGGGAAAUAUACGAUGCGAUCAUCACGAAUGACAACUUAGAAGAGGCGUACAAGGCCCUCGAAGCAUUCAUCUAUAAAUCGGAAGCGGAGGCACACGGCGUCAACGGCAACGGCAACGGCAAUGAAAACGGUGAUGGCAACGAAAUGCCUGCGGCCGACGACGUAGCAAUGGAAGAUGCGGCAAAUGGUCAAGAUACGUCAACAUAAAGAGUCGACUAUCUCGUUCGGAUGUUUUCACACGGACGCGGGUGAGAUUGGGGACAUGGCACGAAUGAAGUUUCGAGGGAUGGGGUAUGAUAUGUGUUAGAUGGAAAUCACGCCGUCGAUAUCUAUCCCUGGGCUAGGUGCGUCACUUUAGGUACCUAGUUUUGGACCCGACCAAGAGGUAUGCUGUACAGAAGAAAAAGGGGGUCAUGUUCGAAUAGACGUGCUAUUAAUAGUCAUUGAAGAUACCCAUAUAAUUAAGCUGAUUAAGAGUCUUGAGAUAACUUAUAAUGUAAACGUGAUCAGCGUAGGAAAUAAAACU